AUGGAGUCAUCACCCUUCCUCUACUACAACCCGGGCAACACGAGCCAUCAGUCGAGACAGCACGGCCAGUUCGUGAGCCAUCCUCCCUGUGGACUCUCGCCUCAACAGAAGUCCGCUUGCAUCGACCGGUCACCUCCCACCUGCACGCUCACAAUGCCCUACCCUUCCACCAUGAUGUACUCUUCUCCACGACUGUCCAACAUCCACACUCCUCAUGCCCUUACGGCCGAGGCUCUCCAGAAAUCGUCAGGUCUUCUGACACCAUCCUCGCCCACCCUCCUUGGUCUGGAUGGCCCCAACGGCUCGGAUGUAUAUUUCUUCCCUUCCACGCCGACACUCGAGAGCUCCGACAACUCUUCCGCCAUGAGCUCCCACCUGACAACUCCCAUCAACCAACCUUGGGCCCUUGAGGACGGUUGCAAUGGAACCAUCACCCCCGCCGAGCUUGAGAUGCCUUCCACACCUCAGUUCUGGAAAGAACGAUCUCCACUCACCCCAGAUUGUGGCUUCCCCAUGCACUACAACCUUUCCUCGCACCCCAGCCCGACACUAAUGUUCGCCUCGUGCCCGUCUCUGUCACCAGCAUGCUCAGACCACUCCGGAUCUUCUGAGAUUGACUUCUGCGAUCCCAGACAGCUCACCUACCCUUCUCCGAACCAGUCCAUCUCCGAGCAUGAGUACUUCCCCCGGAUCAAGAUCGAGGACAGCGACAUCAACACAUUCGACCUUGGACUCCACGACGUAUCUGAGAUGAUGGAUGUUCCCAUGGCGACCAUCAACCCGGCCGCCCUGUUCGGUGGUAUCAAGAGGCUCCGUGAGGACGAGGAUGACGAGUCCCUCGAAUUUGACGACUCCAGCGACGACGAGAGCAUUCUCGGCGAGUCCAACGUACACGGCAUGUUGAUGCCUCCGAGUCCCCCGGCUUCCGACUUCUCGCGACGUAGUUCCGUAGAGCCCCGCCGCACAUGGAAGAAGCUGAGGACUAACACCGACAACGAUCUCGACGACAUCAUCGCCGAGGCCCGAAGGAGGGGUGUCGAGGAGGAGGCCUGCGACGAUGGCUUCCUCCAGCCCUUCUCCUGCGGAAGGCCCCUUCUGACACCGACUCCCACCGAGGGCUCCUACAGUGAAGCUUCCGACAACGGUCACGAGCACGACCAUGACGAGCACGACCUUGACGGUGAUGAGCACGACCAUGAGCACGACCACGACCACGACGACAUCUCCCCUGCUCCCGUUGUCCGCCGCGGACGCAAGCAGUCCCUGACGGACGAUCCUUCCAAGACUUUCGUCUGCCAUCUGUGCACUCGCCGCUUCCGCCGCCAAGAACACCUCAAGAGGCACUUCCGGUCGCUCCACACCAAGGACAAGCCCUUCUCGUGCAACGAGUGCGGCAAGAAGUUCUCUCGUUCCGACAACCUCAGCCAGCACGCGCGCACCCACGGCAGCUCCAUCCAGAUGUCGUUGAUUGACGGCUCGGAGAUGAUGGGACCGGACGGGAUGGAGCACCUCCAGGAUCACGGCCCGCUAGGGAUCGUCCUGGUGGACGCGGCGCAAGUGUCGUCCGGACUCAAGGAGAAGCUCACCAACGCAGCUUCGGAAGCCAAGAAGAACCGACGACAGAAGAAGAAGCGGGAUGAGUAA